GAAAUUAUAUUUCAAGGUUGAACAAGUCUGGUCUUGUGUCUGAAAUGGUCCAUCUGUGGUCUCAUCAGGAAGUUUAUGGAUAAAAGAUGAGUGGAUGAUAACAGGAAGUGUUAAAGUCAACUUGAAGCAAAGGUUCGAUUAUUUGUCUAGUGCUCACCAAGGGUUUGCUGCCAAUUCUCGUGGGUGACCAGGGUUUGGUCCAGUGGUAAACAAGCUAAGCAGGACAUAAGAAGCGUGAAUGGUCUUUGCAACCAGUGUGUUCUUCAAACCAAUGGCACCAGGACAUCAGCAUGAUACUGCAGUAGAAAUGCUCAGCAACCCCUAAAGCCAAGACCUCAUCAACACAUAGCAAGGGGGGUCUCCUUUAUUCAGUGGAAAAGGGUAGAAGAAAAAAUAUUCUAAUUGUGUGCAGUGCUUAAUUUUGUGAACAAAAUCUUAAAGCCAACUUGCCAGUGUGUGCAAGUGAAACGUCAAACACCAAGUGAAGUGAAAUUUGAAUAGUUUGAAAGCGUGUUAGUGAUUUCAAAUCAAUAAGUUAAAUGAGAACAACAGAGUGUGUGUUGGUUAGACCUUCAUCAUCAGUUGUAGCAGCAACAGCAACAACAGCUGUAUCAGCAUCACAGUAGGUGUUCGGUAGCGACUGCUGUGAUCUGAGAGGAGGUGUCACCUCAGCAACAACAACAACAACAGAGCAGCAGCAGCAAUAACAAUUUCUGCAACAUCACCAACAGCACAACCAUCAGAAGCAACCAACUGAAAUGCUUACUUUUGAUGGAUAGGGGAACCGAACGAGCACUUUGAUUGCCUUCUUCGAGAUAUAAACACACGAUACAUCACAGAAAAACAACAUGGACGAAUAACCCAUCUCCUUGAACUUAGGGAGUGAAUAAGAAGCUAGGAAGACCAUAUACGGCGGACCAAAUGCAGAACGUAAAAUGAGAAUGAGGGCGCUUGCAUUACCAUGGCAACUAGUUCUUGUAACCAUUGGAUACACCAGCUUUGUUGUGGCCGCUGAUGCAGAUUAUGACUAUGAUGACGAUGACGAUAUUUUCAAGAAUGCCCCAAAUCUUCGACACACUGGUUUUUCCCCGCCGAGUGGAAACCCGACUAUAACAGAACAUCCACAAGAUGACUUCUUUGCAAGAAACGAACCUGCGACAUUAAACUGCAAGGCAGAGGGCAACCCUAAGCCCACUAUCACCUGGUACCGGAACGGCGAACUCGUCGAAACAACGCGUGAUGAUUUACUGUCCCAUCGAAUGCUCUUCGAUAAUGGUCAGCUGUUCUUUUUGCGUGUGAUUCACAACAAAAAUAACCAGAAUGACAUUGGGAUCUAUUACUGCAAUGCGACCAAUAUACAUGGAUCAGCUAUAAGUGAUGCUGCAAACAUACAAAUCGCAGUACUGAAGGACAAGUUUCUGGCAGAACCAUCGGACACAACAGCAGCUGUGGGACAGAGUGUCACGCUGCACUGUAACCCGCCGAGGGGAAAACCAGAACCUAAGGUUAUCUGGCGUAAGGAUGGCGAGACUGUUCAGACAGACAAGCGGGUUCACAUCAUGGACGCGGGGAACCUUGAGAUCUACUCAGUGGAGAAGACAGACAGUGGAGAGUAUUUGUGUGUGGCAGUCAACAAGGCCGGGGAGAGACACACAGAACCGGGGCACCUUAAAGUGCUAGAUGUUCCAACAUUCAACAAGUUGCCUGCUCCCCUGACAGUGAAGGAAGGAAGCGUGGCAGAGUUCUAUUGUGAUGCUGUCGGUGACCCGAAAAUCACCAUCCGCUGGAGCAAAGAGAAGGGGACAAUCAACUAUGGAAGAGCACGUGUAAUUGGUGGAAGUACAUUGAGAAUUGAAAAUGUGGAAUCAAGCGACGAAGGUGUCUACGUCUGCACUGCAGAAAAUGCGGCCGGGUCAACCAAGGCCACUGCUAAACUGAACGUGUUUGCUGCCCCAUCAUUUGUGGUCCAGCCUCAGGACCAGAUAGUUGCGCGAGGCCGUCCUGUCUCCCUCCCCUGCGUUACUGUUGGCAACCCGCCUCCCACCAUCUUCUGGAGCAAGGAAGGGGGAGGAAACCUGAUGUUUUCCAAUGUGGACUCUGGACACCAUUUUGUAGCAGAGGAUGGAACACUCAAGAUUUCCUUGGUGAAUGAUUCUGAUGCUGGUGUAUACAUCUGCGAGGCACUCAACACUGGGGGUGCAGUCACGGCAUCAGCCAAAAUUACUGUGAUUGAAGAUGGUACACACAGUCUCCCACCCAUCAACGUGAGCCCACCCCCAGUCAUCACCCUGGGGCCGCAAAACCAGACCCUUCCUGUGGGCGGGGUGGCGGUGAUGCAGUGUCUGUCGGAGGGGCCACCCACACCUUUCAUACGCUGGUACAAAGACAGUCGCCCAAUAGGUCAGUCCAUGGUCGACCCACGGAUCAAGACCCGCAGCUCUGGCAUAUUGGAGAUCUCAGACUUAAAGAUCCAGGACUCCGGGAAGUUCACCUGCAAAGCUGUCACCGCAUCAGGGGAGACAAUCUGGGAAGCCUUCCUCAUGGUCACAAGUGAUCAGUCAGCCCAUUUCCCCAUGCAAUCCCCCACAAUAGCCUUCCUUCCGGAGGCUCCAACUAAACCCCUGGUCAGCGAUGUUACGGACACGACUGUCCAUCUCUCAUGGACACCCGGCGACCAGAAGACACAAUUCCCCAUCACCAAGUUUUACGUGGAGUACUACGGAUAUGGAGUCACUGAUGGUUGGAUGAUAGCGAGUCGAGACGUGGUGACGGAGAGCUACACGGUGGAGAGACUACAGUCGAACGUCACAUACACCUUCUUGGUGAGGGCCGUGAAUGAGCAGGGUGUUGGCUACCCAAGCCCCGUGUCGGAAUCCGUCAGAACUUCAGCAUAUCAACAUGUUAAUAGGAGACCACAGUUAACAGAGGAGGAGAUCAAAUCUGUGUUAAACGGGAACAUCGUCCAGCUCGUAAACACUACCGCCAUCAAUGCAACCUCUAUCAAGAUUAUAUGGACGAUAAGUAAAGGAGAUGAUCUCAUUGAGGGCUAUGAAAUUGAAUACCAACAUAUCCGCAACAUUCGCACGCUACAGUACGGGAAAAGCCAGAAGUUACGAGUUCCACCAACUGUCACAUGGUACACGGUUACGGGGUUAACGCCCUAUAGCUGGUACGAGUUGAAAGUGCGUGCGUUCUACAGGAAUGUCCUCUCAUGGUAUAGCGACCCGAUGAAAGUACAGACAGCGAGACAAUACGUGCUUGCAGCCCCAGACAAUGUUCAGGUGAAGAAGGUGUCUGCUAGCAGUCUGUCGGUAUCCUGGGCCCCUCCUGAAUCCCACGGCAUUCCUGUCAACUCAUACCAGGUACUGUGCCGAAGUAAGGACGGCAAGGAGAACUGUUCUGUGAUAACAAACGGCCGCACAUACCAUGUGGUCAUUGACAAUCUGAAGCUGAAUAAGGAGUAUGUGGUGAAAGUUGCGGCGGAGAACUACAUUGGUCUGGGAGCGUGGAGUGAAGCCUAUACUUAUGAUGGAAGUUCUGUAUUUAAGUCAGAUGGGCUGGGAUCCACUGUGAAAACUGUCACGGAAGAAGAAACAGGUGAAGAUGACAUUCUGAAGAAACAGUGGUUUUUCCCGCUCGUGAUCGGUGUGUGCGGUCUGUUACUCUUUCUCAUCCUCCUGGCGUUCACUAUCUGCCUGUUCCGUCGACGUAAACAUCGUAAGAAGAUGAAGGACCAACGCUUCUACACCGGAGGUGAGAAAGUUCCGAUGCACAAGGGGGACGAUUGCACGAGAAACUUUUACCCUCCGCAGUACGGCGUCAAAGAUCAGCCUGUAAACAGAGUUAACGAUGUAGAACUUCCCCCAGAGUUACGUAUGCUGUUGCCAGGGCAGCAGGGGAAGAAGGAUGUGGAACUAGAGGAAGGGUCAAUGUACAAAAUGGCGGGCGGGGGAGCCAGCUUCCCAGAAAUGAAAACAUUCUACCAGGCUGACCCUGUCGCACCCUAUGCAACAACAGCGCUUAUACAACAGCAGCAUUUGAUGAAACAAAGGCAGGGCCAGCGUGACCACAUGUUCCGUCCAAUCAACCAGGGGUACCUCCCUCAUAGCGAGGGGUCAGCAGACAGCUGUCAAAAGGACCCACUCUCCUCCGACUCUGGUCAUGACCACAGUGGUCAUUCAGGACACAGCGGUCUCUCUGGCCACUCCACGACUGACCACAAUCACAGUGACCACCUCAGUCCCACCAGUGACAGCGGGAGUCACUCUAAUGAAGAAAACAACCUCUUGAUUAAGCAAAGAAAAAAGAUGAACACACACAAGGAGGUGAACACCCCAAAACAAGCAAUGAACUGGUCUGAUAUGCUGCCUCCCCCACCUGAACACCCUCCACCAAGUGAAUGUAGCGAGCUGCCCUCGUACCAUGAGAUUAAGGGAGAAAAUCGAAGCGACACACACAGCCCUAUGUCACCUGUGUCAUUCUCCCAGCUGUCUGCGUGCUCCUGUCCCAAUCCCCACACGCAGACUCCCUUGUCAAACUGGAAUAUGCCAGUGUACUCGGAUACUGAGUGUCCGCGUUGCCACUCGGAAAAGUAUUAUGAUCCAGUGACUUACUGCCAGGAGGCUUUUAUACGGAGAACCAACUCUCCAAGGACUCAGCUUAUGCAGCCAGUGAAUAAUAGAAACAAUAUACCCAAUAACAUGCACACGUGUUCACCACGUGCAACCCCAUGUGGGAACGUGCACUAUCAGUACUCCCAACCCCAGCGGGGCCCUCCAUCAAACUGUGCUAUUCCUGUGCAGGGUUGUGGGGAAAACUGUAAUAGUAACAAUAGUAGUAAUAAAUCCGUUAUAAAAAGAGCUUCGCAUAGCUCCCAUAGUGACAAUGAAGCUCCCAGUAUUAUGCCGUGUUUUCAAGCGUACCGGAUAACUCCCAAGGAGGAAAAUGAGCCGAGGUUUAUCCGGGAGGAAUGGGGCCCAGACCCAGCACCCCCAUGUCACACUUGCGAGCAUGACUCGGGAAUGGGUCUUGAAGAAGAUGGGAAUUGUAUGGACCGGGCAUGCCAGUCUUCCCUGCCCAGUCUGGCGCCUGUGGAGUACAACAGGGCUCCAGAAAUGUCUUCCAGUGUUCACGCCUCCUUCCAGCGGGGCUGUGAGUCUCCUGCAUCUGAGAGUGCAGACUACGCCACUGAGUCUGACCUUGAGCCCUCUCAAGAGCAAAAUAACGGUUUUACUGGUGCUACGGACCAGAACACUGACUGUAGCAGUGUACACUCAAGCACGGGGAGCUCGGGCGAUGCAACAUUCUGCACUGAGGAGGAUUUUGUGAGCGCUGUUGCACGUGCAGCUGAGAUGUCCGGUCUCACCGUUGUUGGAACAACUGUCUGUGAUCCUAACCAGAAAUCCAAGAAGGAGCGGCGUCAGCGGCGUCCGGCGAGGCCUAUCAGCCCGGGAUACUCCACAGACAGUAACUACGGGUCAAUAGAUGUCAUUCGCAAACCGUAUCCUAAAUCACAGAGGAAACAACAGCUGCUUGAGCAAGGCAAGUCAAAGCCAGUUGUUCAGUCAGUUGACUAUCCAGACCGGCCAAUGUUUACCAGCCAUAUUGGAGUCUACGACAACCCAUAUGCAAGAGCAGACUACCAAACCAGCUAUUCCAAUCCCACAACCCCUCUCUCCCCUGCUCGAUUCUCAUCCCUCAAUCGAAUGUCUCCACUCAGUGGACUAAACCGGUUUCAUGAUGCAGGCAGGGGGCACUACUCUGCAGUGUCAGAUAGGGGAGGCUACUCCACCUUCAAACAUAACAUUGGAGCUUUGCCCGUCAGGGAGGAUGUGGUAUGAAAAAGUGAAUAGAGUAUAAUAUGGUAAAUCAUUUCGCAAAUACAAAAAUGCAAAGAAACUGUGGGCUUUCUCGAAGUAUCAGUUUCCGGACAGUGGCUUUCAUCAUUAGGCUGGGUCACAGAUAAUGUGGGCUUUUGCAAGAUAUCAUGUUCCGGACAAUAGCAUUCUUCAUUAAGCAGACUCAUUGAUUACCCAGAUGAAAGAGUCUUUCGGUGAGUCAAGGCGAUUAUUUCAGAAAAUUGGAUGACUUCUCAUAGAUUUGAAAGGACUACCUGUUGAAACCAGAGGACUACAAUAGCUUGUAGAUACUUGAUGGAUAUAUGUAAACACAGGAGGACAACUUGUAGUAAUGGAAGAACUACUGGUAGAUAUGGAAGUGAUUCAAGAUGACUUUUAGAGAUGUCUGACAAGUGUUAAUCGGUGCUUGUAUUUCAAUAUCAAUUAUUGGACUGCUUGUGAAACUAAACAUUGCUUAGAAGUCCAGUAGACGAUAAUAAAGCAUUAGUACUUGAAACUGCUGACACUUGAACAUGUAUUAAAUGAUUGUGAUGCAUAAUAUUUAUAUUUAUUCUUGUACAUUAAAACUGUUAUUUAAUUGUGUAAAUGGCUAAUGUGAUUUCUGAAUAUUGUGUGCUUGGUUUAGUCAAACAAGGAUGGCAAUUCAUGACAGUUAUCCCAAAGUAUGACAUUUGUUAUGAAAUAGAUUAUAGUACAUAUAUUUUUACUUGUUGAAAAAGAAAUGACAACAAUAUUUUCCAAAAGCUUGUUGAUAGCUAUACUUGUGUGCUGAAUGAAUGUUUAAUUCAUCACUGUUUUAUAAGUGCAAUUGAAGCAACUUUGAGUCAGUGAAGUGUAAAUAUGUUAAAACGAUGUCAUGUGUUACGACUUUAUAACUAAGUCAAAAACUCUUGUGCAAUACAUGUAUAUUUUGCUUACAAGGUGUAUAUUCUUAUUUUAUACGCUAUUUUGUACCAAGUUCCGUUGUCAAGGUUACCGUGUACAUAUUAUAUGUUAUGGACAGCCCAUUGGCUCUAUUCAUAGCAUGUAUUACAUUGUCAUUCCCUACCACCAAACUUUAAAUUGCUUAUCGAAUUAAAAAAGAUACCAAAGUUAUAAAGUUGUGAACCAACUCUUCUCGUUUAGCAUAUAGUUCGUAGUUCUGUCCCAUCCUUGGAUUUACAUGGAUUAGUUAGCAGUAAUCUUAUUAUUAAUCAAACCAUCCAUCCAUUAAGUCAAUGAUGCAGUGUUUUUCAGUGUAAAUAUUAAAGCAAAUUGACAUAUUUACACAGUUUUGUUACAUAUUGUAUAACUAUUCAAUUGUUUAUCAUGAAAAAGUAAAUUACUGAAACUA